AUGUCCUCUGCCUCUGCAAUCACGACCUGGGCAGCCCACGUCCACCCGGGCUCCCCCUCCUCCCCCUCCCAUCCUAACCACCCAUCCACCCACCAACCCUCUCACCAACCCGCUGCGCCGAGGACGCGCAAGCACCGCCGCCCCUCCAUCUCGCGCCUCCACCUCAACCUCACCCCCGCACUCCCAAAACACGCACGCGCGCGCUCCGGCUCGGCGUCCUUCCUCCAUAUCCUCGAUACGCCCUCCACCGGAGGAGGAGGAGGAGGAGGAGGAGGGAGCGGGGUGUCGCCCACUAGGAACGCUCUCACAAAUGGGGUGUCGAUGAACGCUAAUGUUAAUGCUAAUGCUAAUGUUAAUACCCCGCCGACCCCUAAAUCCUCCCCUCACACCGCCGACGCCGAGCACAACAACGCGUUCGACCUCACCGCGCUCGGGUACACGUCCCUCUUCCUGCGCCUCCCCACGCCCGCGACACCGCACUACCCUACCCCCAUUCCUACCCUUCCCCAUACCCUCCACUCUACUCACCCCCAUAAUCACCACUCUAACCUCCCUGCUAAUCUCCCUACUAAUCUCCCUGCUAAUAACAAUAACUCGUCGACCACUGCGACUAAUGAUAUCUCCACUACGGAGAAGGAUAAUAGCACCACUACCGCUCCCGCUGAUGAUAGCGCCCACCAGAAGGCGGCGCAUGGGACGUUCAAGGCUGCUUUCGCGCGCCUCAGAUCGCGCUCGUUCUCUGCGCUGCUGCGCCCCCGCAAGGCGUGCUCCUCCUCUCCUUCUACCCCUCCUUCUCCCUCUGCUCCUUCUCCCUCUCCCUCUCCUUCACUCUCACCUUCAGGUUCAGGUUCAGCUUCGCCUUCACCUUUUAACCCUGCAUCUCACGAUACCUCCUAUGGUACGGACGUCCCGCCCGUGCCUGCCAUACCCGCGAAAUACCUCGCCGCUCCCGCGUCCGCUUCGCCCUUCACUCCCAAAUCUAAAAAGGAUACGAAGGACGCCAAAUCGAGCAAGGACAUGAAGGUACAGAAGGAGAAAACGAAGGAUAAAAAGGACGUGAACAAGGAUGUGAAAACGAAGGAGAAAACGAAGAAGGAGAAAUCGAAGAAAACGAAGGAGAGAAAACACGCGCUCCCGCCGACGCUCGCGGCCGAGCUCGCGCUCAUGCAGUUCCUCGACGGCGGGUCGCUCGCGGACAAUAUCGCCCACCUCAACGCCCAUUCCCACGCCCAUUCACACUCCACCCACUCCUCCACCCAUUCUCAUUCCAAUACCCAUACCACCCAUAACGCCCAUACCACCCAACAUGCUAAAUUCACGGCGAGUAGUAACGGUGUGGGGUGUGGGGGCGAGUGGGUGUACACCGACGCGCACGGGGGUGUGUGGCGCGACGCGGACGAGGCCCUCGAGUACGCCCACCUCCUCGCGCCCUCCCCGACGUCUCCUUAUUCUCCUUGUUCUCCGAGUUAUUCGACGAGUUGUUCGACGAGUUAUUCGGCGAGUUAUUCGGCGUGCUGGGGCAAGGCGUCGCCGUGCUCGCCCGCGUUCUCGAUCGUUUCUAUCUCCUUCCCGGCUACACCUUUGAGCGGGGGUCCGAAGACGCCGUCUUCUCCGUUGAGCGGGGGGUUGAGCGGGGGGUUGUUCCCGUCUACGCCUUUGAGGGGCGUGUUCGCGGAGAAACAGACGUGGAUCACGUUCACGGCCUACUCGCCCUCGUCGCCCUCUUUCCCCUCAGCGUCAGCUUCGGCUUCGGCUUCGUCGGCAUCUUCCACCUCUACUAAGUGCUCGCGGCGCACCAGACGGAGGACGUCGCUCGGAAAGCGGGACUCGAUGCGCCGGGAGUUCGGUGUGCGUCGGCUGGGGAGGCGCGGGUCGGUCGUGAAGCGGAUGCCUACACCGUACUCUGAUUACUCUACGCCCUCUACGCCCUCUACGGCUAAUCAGGAGGAGGAUGUGGAGGAUGCUGAUAGUGAUAUGGAGAUGAACGGGGAGAGGAGGGAGAGCGGGGAUGUGGAGGAGAGGAGGGAGAAGAGGAUGGGUAUGGCCGGGCUUGGGUUCUGGGCGAUCUGA